AUAGGAAGUGCCCAGGCUCUUCGUAGACGGGCUCUGGUAGAACUCGCUGUGGUUGGGGCUUGGUAAAGACACGUAAGAGCUUCCGAAUCUCCGAGCUGCUUUGAAGGCGACAUAAAAACACCGGCAGCGGAAUAGAAAGACGCCCUUACAGAGAGGGGAGCCCGAGACUCGCAUAGACUGUACUUAACGAUUACUGUGCAUCGCUUACUAACUCUAUCCUCAGCAAGAUGUCUGCUGCUAAUGGUGUAGCGGUCGGUAUUGACCUUGGCACCACCUUCUCCUGCGUGGGUGUGUUCCAGCACGGCAAAGUGGAGAUCAUCGCCAACGACCAGGGCAACCGGACCACCCCCAGCUACGUGGCGUUCACAGACACGGAGAGACUCAUCGGAGACGCAGCCAAGAACCAGGUGGCCAUGAACCCCACCAACACCGUGUUCGACGCCAAGCGCCUGAUUGGCCGAAGGUUUGACGAUGCGGUGGUGCAGGCGGACAUGAAGCAUUGGCCAUUCACGGUGAUGAGCGACGCGGGGAAGCCCAAAAUCCAGGUGGAGCACAAGGGGGAGAACAAGUCCUUCUACCCUGAGGAGGUUUCCUCCAUGGUCCUGGUGAAGAUGAAGGAGAUCGCCGAAGCCUACCUGGGCCAGGAGGUGUUGAAUGCCGUCAUCACGGUUCCAGCUUACUUCAACGACUCCCAGCGUCAGGCCACCAAAGACGCAGGAGUGAUCGCCGGCCUCAACGUCCUGAGGAUCAUCAGUGAGCCCACGGCAGCCGCCAUUGCCUACGGUCUGGACAAAGACAAGAGCAGCGAGCGCAACGUCCUGAUCUUUGACCUGGGUGGGGGUACCUUCGACGUCUCCAUCCUGACCAUCAAAGACGGCAUCUUUAAGGUGAAGUCCACGGCCGGAGACACUCAUCUGGGUGGAGAGGACUUUGACAACCGCUUGGUCGACCACUUUGUGGAGGAGUUCAAGCGGAAGUUCAAGAAGGACAUCAGCCAGAACAAGAAGGCUUUGACAAGGCUGCGCAUGGCUUGUGAGCGAGCCAAGAGAACACUAUCGUCCAGCUCCCAGGCCAGCAUCGAGAUCGAUUCUCUGCACGAGGGCACCGACUUCUGCACCUCCGUCACCAGGGCACGCUUCGAGGAUUUGUGUUCAGACCUCUUCAGGGGAACCCUGGCACCCGUGGAGAAAGCCCUGAGGGACGCCUUGAUGGACAAGGGCCAGGUCCACGACAUCGUCCUGGUGGGAGGCUCCACGCGAAUCCCCAAGAUACAGAAACUCCUGCAGGACUUAUUCAACGGCAGGGAGCUCAACAAGAGCAUCAACCCAGACGAGGCUGUGGCUUACGGCGCCGCGGUGCAGGCCGCCAUUCUCAGCGGCGACACGUCGGCGAACGUCCAGGACCUGCUGCUCCUGGACGUGACGCCCCUUUCCCUGGGCGUCGAGACGGACGAAGGAGUCAUGAAUCCCCUGAUCAAACGGAACACCACCAUCCCCAUCAAACAGACUCGGGCCGGCUUCACCACCAUCUUUGACAACCAGCCCGGGGUCCUGAUCAAGGUCUUUGAAGGAGAGAGAGCCAUGACCGAGGACAACAACCUGCUGGGCACGUUCGAGCUGCUCGGACUCCCGCUCGCUCCGAGAAGGGUGCUUCAGAUCGAGAUCACCUUCGACAUCGACGCAGACGGUAUUCUGAACGUGUCUGCUGUGGAACAGAGCACGGGCAAACAGAACAAGAUCACCAUCACCAACGACAAGGGCCGCCUGAGCAUGGAAGACAUUGAGAGGAUGGUUCAGGAAGCAGACCAAUACAAAGAAGAAGACGAGCAACAGAGGGAGAAUAUAGCGGCCAAGAACGCCCUGGAGUCCUAUGCCUUCAACAUGAGGAGAAGCCUGCGGGAGGACAACCUGAAGGAGAGAGUGAGUGAGGAGGACUGGAAGAAGGUGGAGGAGAAGUGUGAGCAGGCCAUCCUCUGGCUGGAGAAAAACCAGCGCGCGGAGAAAGAGGAGUACCAACACCAGCUGAAGGAGUUGAUGAAGCCGUAGGCCUUCUUGAGCUUAGGGGGGGUGGUGGUGGUUAGGGUAGGGAAUCUCUUGGCACCUCAUGAUUCGAUUUGAUUCCGAUUAUGAGGUCAACUAUUCGAUUAUCGAUGCAUCUUGAUGCAAUUUUCUUUUCUUUUUUACAAUUCCAUGCCUGAUUUUAAAUAUAUACGUGAGUAUAUGCUCAAAGUAUACGAGUUUUCUACUCAGAGUUUGCUAAUCACUUCCUACUAUUGUGAUGAUCAUUAAAGACAUCAACAGAUGAACCUUUUCUAAUAUUUUAUGAGAGAAAAAGCUUUAUUCCAAAAUAUGACUUUCUACCAAUGCAAUUAUCAAUGCAGCUUGCAUUACAACACAAUGUAAAAAAUAAAACAGAUCAGUUUUCUUUUCUUUCUAAUAUUUA